AUGUGGCGGCGAGCCUAUCUUCUUUUGAUUCUGGUGAGGCUGUGGUUUGCGCUGUCGCCCAGCUAUCUCCAUCCCGAUGAAAACUUCCAAGGUCCGGAGGUCAUUGCUGGCCAAAUAUUCAGCUACCCGAUCCGAAGGACAUGGGAAUUUACGAGCGACUACCCCAUCCGCAGCGUAUUCCCAUUGUGGCCCGUGUACGGCUUACCCAUGCUCCUUCUCCGCUGGCUGUGGAUAGGGAAGGGCAACGAUGGCGAAAUUCCACCGAUCUCCGUCUUCUGGACGCUCAGAGUUCUCAUGUUCAUCAUGAACUUUGUCCUCGAAGACUGGGCCAUCUAUGAGCUGGUGCAGUCCCCGCGACACCGAAGAGUUGCGAUGCUGCUGCUCGCUUCCUCCUACGUCACCUGGACCUACCAGACACACACCUUCUCGAACUCUAUUGAGACCUUGGUUGUUGCCUGGUGUCUCGUCCUGAUCGAGAGGAUCGUUGCGACUCCGCAACGGUCAUCCCUGAUUGCCUCGACCUUACUGGGCGUCGUUUGUGUUUUUGGCGUCUUUAACAGGAUAACCUUUCCUGCAUUCCUCUUAAUUCCUGGCCUUCGAUUGAUACCCUACUAUUGGAACAGACCUUUAUCCCUUGCCAUUCUGGUCUCCUCAGCGCUCUUCACAACCUUGGUCGCGAUUACUCUCGACACUGCAUUUUACACACCACAUUCGAUUUCGUGGGGAGAUCUCGUGAGGCAUCCGGUCAUCACGCCUCUAAACAACCUCUUGUAUAAUAUCUCGUCGGAUAACCUUGCCAAGCACGGGCUCCACCCUUGGUACCAGCAUCUGCUCGCCAACUUGCCUCUAUUGCUUGGGCCAGCUGCCGGACUGCUCCUUUUCCGGUCACACCUCUCUCUGCGUAUGUACUCGGCCAUCUCCGGCAUUUUCGUCUUGUCGAUAUUCCAGCACCAGGAAGCGCGAUUUCUCCUACCUACGAUUCCCUUGAUUCUGUCAUCGGUGCGCCUCCCCAGGAACGGCACCGUGCUGCGCAUCUGGAUAUCGGCGUGGGUCAUCUUUAACGUGGUCCUCGGCAUUUUGAUGGGUAUAUACCACCAGGGCGGAGUGAUCCCCGGCCAGGUGUUCUUGAGCACACAGCCGGAUGCAACGCAGGCAAUUUGGUGGAAGACGUACACGCCCCCGAUCUGGCUGCUCAAUGGCAAGAACGAGGUUUUGCAGACGCGUGACGUGAUGGGAAUGAAGGGAGACGACUUGCUCGUAUUGUUAAACGAGCUUGCAACAUGUGAUACCCCGGCGGACAGGAGGAGUCAGGAAUAUUUGAAGGAAAAGAACGGAACGUAUUUGGUCGCUCCACUAUCGGCGACAUGGCUGGAUCCGUACUUGCCAAAUAAGGGCCUGGAGGGCCUACGAUUUCGCGAGGUUUGGCGUCUUUUUGAUACCCCGCCACAGAGUCUGCCUGAAGCAGACACUCAUUUCAAGAUGCCGGGUUUAAAUAUGGAAGUCUUCAAGUUCGGCAUGUAUGUCAUGUUCCCGAUUGGCAUCAUGUUCUACUUCGGAACGAACCUCGAUCAGCGCUUCGCCGUGCCCGACUUCUGGCCCAAGCCCGAGCAGGCCAACAAGGUGCCUCUCGACCGGGACGAGAUCAAGGCCGAGCUCGAGCGCCUCCGUGCCAGGAGGCUGCACAACAGGGACAGGAGGCUCGCGGAGGAGGCCAGGUUGGCGCAGUUCCGCGAGGCGCAAGAGCAGCAGGCCCAGGCUCAGGCUCAGGCUCAGCAACAGCAGGAGUGA